AUGAUCGCGGAAAAGCGAUUGCGUGACUCUCGGGAACUUAGAGCGAUGAACUUUCCUCGUGGAUAUCUUUCCAUGCCCUUCUUCAAGGGUGACACGGUGUUAAUCUCAAAACGUUUUGCAAUUUUGGUAUUUCUUACACUUUCACCAUUCAGUGCAGGUAUAAAAGGCCAGCACCCAGAUUGCGAUGAGGAAGGAUUUAACGAAACCAUUGAUCCUAGAAAUUGCACGUGUCAAAGAUAUUGGCCUUGCCUCAAAUGUCAGGAAAAUGCAUGUUUCUUUGUUAAGUGCAAAUCAAAUGUAUCAGAUGGAACAGACAUUUGCUGUGUAUCUUGCGGGAAGGGCAAAAACUUAAUUACCGAAACUCGUAUUGGCAACGAAAAUGAAAGUAGGAAUGAACAAUCCACGAUCAGCACCUCUACAGUCACUGCAACAUUUUCAUCUUUAUUCAAUUCAAUCAAGAUCAAUACAACUGGAACUCCUUUUAUUCCAAGCCUUACUCCAGUUCCUUCAAGGACCCCGCUGACCCGACCUGCUGGACAUGACCAUCCUGAAAGUCUGAAGUGGAUCAAAGGAAUGACAUCCAUUAUGGGUGUUUUUUCUUUCAUCAUAGUAUGUGGUUUUUUAAUCUACCUGUUUAAAAAAAUAAGGAAAAACAGACGAAGCAGAAAUCUACGACAGGUAGAUGAAGUUUCUUUCUACAGGAGAAGGGGGUUAAAUGGACACUGCACCCAUGGUGCUGCAUAUGGAUCAAGAAAAAAUCCAGGUGCAGUUUACAGUAAUAAAGAUCAUGAAGUUGUAACAGGAGACCAGCUUGACAACAUGGCUGAGAAAGGUUCAGUUCAGAAAGGAAUUCUAUCAUCCCUUGAUGGUAAACCUUCAAAUUCUACAGUAAAAGUUGCUGAUGCGCAAGGGGAAAACCAUAGAGCAGACCGUCACUUAAUUCCACCUCCUCAACCUGUGAAGGAUAACCUCGGCUAUUCAACCUUCAUAACAGAUUUACCUACAGCUGUCAUCCGUAAAAUGUGCAUGCUACUUGACAUUGAAAGAGUCUCAGAUGACAAUGAUUAUAGGAUGCUGGGAUGUGAACUUGGCCUUACAUCAUCAGAGAUCACUUUGAUCAAACAAAAAAGUAACAACCCAUCACGUGUGCUUCUCAUGGAAAAGUUUGCAACCAAGCCAAACUCUGGAACACUUAAUCAUCUCAAAUCCAUAUUAACAAAACUUGACCGAUAUGAUGUCAUUCAGGUUAUUGAUAAAUGGGUCCAAAAUCAAACAUUGCAAACAAAUUAGAAAUUAGUCUGUAGAUGAAUGAAGUUCACUUAGCCCUCUAACUCCCAAAAGUGAUUCACAUGCAACUUCUUCCUGUCAUCUCCAUACUUUAUCCAGCAAACAGGUAAUGAGAAAAUUCAAACUCAUCAGGUAGAAGUUUUUAUCUUGAUCUAACACCAAAUUUCUUGUUACUAAUUUACUAAGGGGAGGAAUGAACAAUCAGAACUUGAACUUAAUUGUAUCAUAUUGAUAUCGUAAGGAUAAAUUCUGUCUUGGUCACUCAGGGGAGUUUAAGCAGAAAAAAAAGAGUUCCAAGCAGAAAAAAAAGAUCUUUGUUUCCAUCAAAAAACAUAAAAAGGUUUCUCAGGGUAUUUUUAAAUUAGAUUGAAUUGAUAUUAACUCAACGCUUGGGCACUAGUCAAAAUAAGAGCAUUGUCAUUAAAAAAACCACGUUAGUUUAAGACUGAUAGGCUGACACAAGAAAUGAAUUAAAACUUUACAAACAUGACCUUGGAACAUUCAUGGUAACUGUGUUGAAUUCCGCAUGACUUAUUUGCACAAUAUAUCUUUUUUGAGGGGCUUUAAAGUUUGUGAUUUUUAAGAAACCAUGAUUAUCACUAGAGCAGUAACUGUUACAAUAACAUGUUCAUUAGACAAACAAUUUAUAUAGCUAUUUAAACUUAGAUUACUGUUAACACAGUAAAAAUAAGGAUGUUUAUUCUCACAACAUACAUACCACAUCAUCUACUCUGACUUCAUAGCUGUUAAUCCUUUCAAGUGGUUUGGGAGGACUCUCCUAAGAUAUCAUCAGUUCAUGACGACCCAGCACCUGAACCACUGGCUUGGGUGGAGCAUGUGAUGCUGCAAGAGAUCAAGUGAUGCAGUAUUCAUGACAUACAGUUCAAUUCCUCAUGAUGCU